UGGGUGGAACAGUAAAAAACCUCACACAGAGAGUGCGCGAGUGUGGGAAGUUUUUCCAUGCCAAUGUUGUGCAUUGUCCCUGAAUUUGUACCUUAUUCAGGGAUGUAACCCAGUCUGAGUCAGUUUCAAAACCCUCUUCUCUCUUUCGCUUUCUCUUUCACUCGUCACUCCAUGGUGAGAAUCUUUCUUUCCCCUCGCAAGAUUCUCAGGUGAAGCUGUGGAAGUGCGAUUUUGAUUUACUGCCAAAAUAUCUGUAGUCUGUGAAGCUGAGAGAUUGAAGAUGGGAGGAGAUGAUUCUGGUGUGGAGAGUGACAAUUUUGAUUGGAACACUGAAGAUGAGCUUGAAAUUGAGAACUAUCAGUCUUCAUCUUCAUGUUUAACUGUUCCUAAUGGUGAUGCUGUUACUGGGUCUGGAGAGGCAAGUUCAUCUGCAGUUUUGGCUAAUUCCAAAGCACUUGACCACUUUGUCGGCAUGGGAUUUUCUAGAGAAAUGGUUUCUAAAGUAAUUCAGGAAUAUGGUGAGGAAAAUGAAGCUAAACUACUUGAAGAACUUCUCACAUACAAGGCUCUAGAAAGUUCUCCCCAGCCACAGCAGCAAAUUGUGACAGAUCCUUCUUCUUCAGGGAAUGCUGGGAGCUCUUGGGAUGAUUUCUCAGAUACUGAUAUUUUUUCUGAUGAAGAAAUUGAAAAGAAUAUUUCUGAUUCUGAGAAUGAUGAUACCUUACGGACUUUGAUGAAAAUGGGAUAUAAGCAGGAGGAGGCUUUAAUUGCCAUUGAAAGAUUAGGCCAAAACUCCUCACUUGAUGAAUUGGUAGAUUUUAUAGGUGUUGCUCAAAUAGCAAAGGCUGAAGAUGCCCUUCUACCUCCUGAAGAAAAGCUACGAUACAAUGACUAUGCUAAGUCCAAAAAACGAAGAUUUUAUGAUUAUGAAGUGUUGGGAAGGAAAAAGCCUAGGGGAUGUGAGAAGAAAAUCAUCAAUGAAGAUGAUGAGGAAGCUCUCCAUCUUCCAAACCCAAUGAUUGGGUUUGGUGUACCUACAGAGUCAAGCUUCAGAACUCACAGGAGGAUUCCAGAAGAUGCCAUUGGGCCUCCUUACUUCUAUUAUGAGAAUGUUGCCUUAGCACCAAAAGGUGUCUGGCAAACAAUUUCAAGAUUCUUGUAUGAUGUUGAGCCUGAAUUUGUAGAUUCAAAGUUUUUCUGUGCUGCAGCCAGGAAAAGGGGAUAUAUUCACAAUCUCCCCAUCCAAAAUAGGUUCCCACUUCUACCACUUCCGCCGCGCACAAUACAUGAGGCUUUUCCCCUAACAAGGAAGUGGUGGCCCUCAUGGGACACAAGGACCAAACUUAAUUGUUUGCAAACAUGUAUUGGCAGUGCAAAACUAACAGAAAGAAUUAGAAAAGCUGUAGAAAACUACGAAGGAGAUCCACCUGAUCAUGUUCAGAAGUAUGUUCUUGAUCAAUGUCGGAAAUGGAAUCUGGUUUGGGUUGGAAGGAACAAGGUUGCUCCACUAGAACCUGAUGAAGUAGAAACACUGUUGGGUUUCCCAAGGAACCACACCAGGGGAGGUGGAAUAAGUAGGACUGACCGAUAUAAGUCACUUGGCAAUUCAUUCCAGGUUGACACUGUGGCAUACCACUUGUCAGUUCUGAAGGAGAUGUAUCCUAAUGGCAUCAAUCUUCUUUCUCUCUUUUCUGGAAUCGGUGGGGCAGAAGUAGCUCUUCAUCGGCUCGGUAUUCCUCUGAAGAAUGUUGUGUCUGUUGAAAAAUCUGAAGUGAAUAGGAAUAUUGUUAGAAGUUGGUGGGAGCAAACAAAUCAGAAAGGUCAUUUAUAUGACAUGGAAGAUGUACGGGAGCUAGAUGGUGAUCGGUUGGAGCAGAUGAUGAACACCUUCGGUGGUUUUGAUCUCGUUGUUGGUGGCAGUCCGUGUAACAACCUGGCUGGUAGCAACAGGGUCAGCCGGGAUGGACUGGAGGGAAAGGAAUCAUCUCUUUUCUUUGAUUACUUUCGGAUUCUAGACUUGGUAAAGAACAUGAUGUCUAAAUGUCGAUGAUUUGGUCUAAACUCCGUCUCCGGUUUGUAUUUAAUCCAAACAUUUAGGUUUUUAUAUAACCUGAAACAUUAGAGACAGAUACCCUUCACCCCAUUUUUGUUGCCAAAGAAAGGCAACGGUUUCAAAUAAUGUUCUUAAAUGUUCUGAUUUAAGUUUACUAUUUCAUUGCUACAUUACAAUCUUGCAAUGCUACAUUUUCCAAAUUUCUCAUUCUGAUAAU